UCUGGGCUGGGAUAUUUAUGUAUGAACUGCAAAUACUGGUUAGGGUUCUGGGCAUUUCAGGAAGACCCUUAUUCUUAAUUCUUGUUUCACAAGACUGGUGUCUUUGAGGAUCAAAGACAACGUUAUGUGAGCUUAUAUGCAAAUCUAAUUCAUUCUGUACCAAAUUUGGCUAGUGGGUACUGAAUUUAUUAUAUUGCAACACGCUAGUUAACAGAUCUUCCUAAAAGUAGAUGUAAAGCUAAAUGAAGUCAUACUCAACUAUUGUUUCUUAUUACCAUAGUCACAAACAUUGCUAUGAGAACGCAUGAUGCGCUCGUAUGCAUAGCGUUUCCAAUUAAUAGUUUUCAUGUGAAAAAGAUCUAACAAACUCAAUGAUAUUCGGUGAUUAUUUCCCAAAAAAUGUUAUCACCUUGCUGGCGGUAAGAUAUUUGUAUCCGUUCGAAUAGCGACUGCCUUACACAAAGUGUAAAACUUUCUCGCGUUAAGAGAUUACCUUAUCUAUAAUCGGUGUCGGCCGGUAUAAUUUUACCGACUGGCAAGGGAUAAUCUUCUCAUCAAUCGAUACUCCUCCUCUAUUACACUUACUAUUAGUCAUAUUCAUUAUUAUAAUUAAUAAAAUUGAUUUCAUAGGAUCAUCAGAAUGCUUCGGAUAACCUUUCUUGUCGUACUGACGGCGCUGGCCUGCCAAGCCGCAUCCGAAGAAGACAGUACAGAUGACAAUUAUUUAUACAAUAGUAUUAUUGUCGGAGAUUACGAGGUCGCUGUAUCUAUGACCAAAGACCUGGUGAAAGAUAACAAAUUGGAGAUCAUCAGUACGACUGUACAGAGACUGAUCAACGAAAACCAACGCAACCUUGUUGACUACGCGUACUAUCUGUGGAAAGAAGGCGGUGAAGACAUCGUAAAAAAAUACUUCCCGUUACAAUUCAGAAUCAUCCUCGGCCAACAUGCUGUCAAACUGCUUAGCACGAGAGACAACAUGGUGGUUAAACUGGGGUAUCGACGUGACAGCGAUGGCGACAGGACUGCUUACGGCGACGCCAACCAUAUGAUUGGUGACAGAAUGGCCUGGAAAUUUAUUCCCGUUGAGGAUUCCCAGCUGUAUUUCAAAAUCUACCACCCGUUAACCGACCAAUACUUGAAGCUUGGUCUUGCGACUGAUAGCGAUGGAGACCAUGAAGUUUUUGGUGGAGACCUGUACGAUUCCUACCGUUUCCAAUUCUUCUUGAUACCAGCGAUGAACGGAGCCGACCUUGUGUUCUAUAUAUUCAACCGCGAGUACCAGCAGGCUCUGAAGCUGAGCAGGGCCGUGGACUCCGACGGCGACCGACAGGUGUUUUCAGAGAAGGGCAACGUCCUUAAUGAUACUUACUCCUACGGGUGGAAAAUCAAACCGUUGUAAAUUAAACACAUUAGCUGUGAUUCAUGGAUCUUAAUGAAAUAAAGCAUUGGUGCAUAGACUGCCUA